GCUCACGAACUUUCCUACCUGACCUGAUACCGUCGAUAAUCCAACACAUCAGCCGUCCAAACACCCAAAUCACCCACAAUGGCAACAAAACUCCUCUCUCCAGCUCCCCGCCUCUCAAGCGCAUCAAGGCCAAAAACUCUCCAAUGCCUCCACCGCCCCCGACCCAUACAAUCCCCCCUCGCUCCCCACCAACAACGCCGCUGCAUCUCCGCCUACGGCUACGAGCAAGCCAAAGCGCUCGCAUUCUCAUCCUAUGGCGAACCCCCCGCCGUCCUCUCCCUGCACAGCCACUCCAUCGCCCCGCCCCACGGCUCCCUCAUGACGCUGCGCUUCCUCGCCUCGCCCAUCAACCCCGCAGACAUCAACCAGAUCCAGGGCGUGUACCCGUCGAAACCGACGUUCACCACCGCGCUGGGCACCGCGCAUCCCAUCGCCGUCGCGGGGAACGAGGGCGUCGCGGAGAUCAUUGCUCUGGGGGACAAGGCGCGGGGCGAGGGGUUUAAAAAGGACGAUUGGGUGCUCAUGAAGGCGCCGGGCUUCGGCACGUGGCGCACGCAUGCGAGCGCGACGGGCGAGCAGGUUGUCAAGCUGGAGGAGGAGAUGCGCGAGGGCAUCAGUGUGGUGCAGGCGGGGACCGUGAGUAUCAAUCCGUGCACGGCGUACCGCAUGCUGCGCGACUUCACGGAGCUGAAGGAGGGCGAGUGGUUCAUUCAGAACGGGGCGAAUAGCGGCGUGGGUCGCGCGGCGAUACAGUUGGGCCGGCGCUGGGGGUAUAAGAGCGUGAAUGUUAUUCGGGGCAGGGAGGAUAAGGCGGCGGAAGGGAAGUUGAAGGAGGAGUUGAGGAGUAUUGGGGCCGAUGUCGUGGUUACGGAUGCGGAGCUGCAGUCACAAGGCAUAAAAGAUAUGGCGAAGGAGUGGACGAAUGGUGGCCGCGAACCCAUCCGGCUGGCGCUGAACUGCGUAAACGGGAAGCCUGCGACUGCGAUGGCCAAGCUGCUCGCGAGCGAUGCGCAUUUCGUCACCUAUGGCGCUAUGUCGAAGCAACCGCUCACUAUCCCCGCGUCGAUGCUGAUCUUCAAGAACAUACACUUCCACGGCUUCUGGGUCAGCAGAUGGGCGGCGCAGAACCCGGAGGAGAAGAAGAAGACGGUGGCGGAUGUGCUGGACCUCACGCGCACGGGGCAAUUCAAGGAUACUCCGGUGGAUGAGAUCAAGUGGGAGUGGGAGACGAAGGGGGAGGAGUUGAUUGCGAAGGUGAAGGACACGCUGGAGGGAUAUCGGGAAGGCAAAGGGGUGUUUGUUUUUGGGAAGACGUGAGCUUUGAUCUGCUCGGGUAAGAUACCAUGGUUUGUAGAUAGACUAUAUGAUGGGGAGGAGGGAAGCACCCUCUCUCUUCUUCGACCGCUUUUUAUUCGUUCCAGAUUGUCUGUGUUUUCUGUUGUAUACCGGAAGUAAAAUCCAGCCUAUUGC